AAUAUCGCUUAACGACCUCGCUGAACAAGAUAGACUCUGCCUUCUCUUCGUUAUGUCGGAGCCAUUCCUGUAUUUAUGGUCGCCAGUCCAUAACAAGCACAGGAGGCGUUAGCCAUGAAAAUGGUUUUUAGAAAGCUUCAGAAUGUUUUGGUUUUGCUACUUUGUAGUGCAUUGCUAAUAAGGUUCUCUGAUGCAAAAGAUUUUCGAUACAAGCAUUACACUUUCAGGAAAAAACAGAGGCUAGCCAAGAGGUAUUCGCCAUUGGAAAAAGAUUGUGAAACUAUAACCUGUCAAGGGUUUGUUGGGUUUGAACUUACUAAAUGUACACGGAAGUGUAUAUCACAAUUCUGCUACAAUGAGCUGUAUGCCUGGGAUGAGCUUGAGCAAGGUGAGAUAGAUGUGCGGCUGACAUCUUUCAAGGGAUGUGUGGUGAAACAAUUACAAGAUCAAGAGAGCAAGAAGCGUGGCUAAUUUUAACAGAAAAAAAAUAACUACAAGAUUUUUGCAGAUCACUACAACUGUUCCUUU